AUGUCGGGGAGGUGGCAGUUCCUUGUUGCAUUCCUUGCACUGGUCCUGGCUUUACCUGCAUUAGGGGUAGAUGUUGGAGGGGGAGUUGUGGAAGUAUCGCUGCCUGAUGUCACUGAGGAGUUGCCAGAGCCAGAGGGCGUCCUAGGUGGGGACUGCAUGAACAUCUCCUUGAGAAACAACGACUGGAGCUGGGACGGAGACGAGGGUCAACAGGAUCAAGGGGAGACGGCGCUCCUGGUCAGGAAACUUCUGCAGAGACUGAACAACGAGACCCAGCGGAUCCAGAAUGACAACCCCAAUCUCAACCUGACGCAUUUCAUGAGACUUGUUGCAAGUCGGUCAUCUUUGAUGUUACUGAAGAUCAAAUCCUUUGCAAGAGUCUUUGGCCAUGUGAACGCCCUCUACGGAUACACCUGCCGGAACGGGAAGCAGCUCCUACGUCAUGCCUUGCAGCGCAACAUCACAGACGAUGAACUGGAAGAGUUUGAUGACGAAAUAUCUGCGGAGAUAGAUGCUAUGGUAGAUGAUGCUAUGGAAGAAGGAGCAGGUGGUGGUGAAGAAGAAAGAAAGGGUGGAGAACCUGGGACUGUAACUGGUGGGAAGCCAAAUGAGGCAUUGUCCGUUCAACAGAAAAACAGAGCUGCAGUCAGAUUGUUCAUCAGGAAGGCUGUCAUCGGUUUGUUCCUGUCGCCACGCAAGCUUCGAGGUAAAGAAAUACCACAUCUUUCUGUAUACAUUAACAAACUUCGACAUGUUGAUGCGCUUAGUGACCUAGACCCAAGCCAGUCGAAAAACGCAACGAACCGGGGUGAGGGUUCAGGACUUAACAGAGAGGCAGGACAUACAGAAGAUGCCAUGGGUGAAGAAGGUGACAUGACAGGCAUGACGAUGGAAGAAGACGAGUAUGACGUUUUGUUGGAAAUCUUCGAAUCUGCAGAUUGGUUUGAUGACGAUGACCCUGAACUUCGCGAUGAUGAGGAGGUCCUGAAGAAAUUCAAUCUUGAAGGUUACUUAUUCAAGCUAAUGUCUCAGCAUGUCAACAAAAGUGCCUCGUGCGCCCGUGAUGUCACGAAAUUCAUCAACAAGCGAGCCAAGCAUCUGUCCAAUGUGACUGAUGGUGAGGAAGACUUCAAGGAACUCUGGAACGAGUUCAGAAGUUUGAACCGCCAACUGAAUGCCUCUCGACACCGCAACUCCACGGGUGGUUUAUUCGGUAGUCGUGGCGAGAGUUCUGGUCACACUGAAACUCAAACAGGAAACCCUCUGCAAGGGGAUGGAGAUAUCAUGACCCGAAUCCGUAACAUCACCGGACGUCUUGCUAAGGGUAGGUGGAGAGGAGAAGGUGGCAUCGAGGGUAGCUUCUACGUGGUCCUCAUGAAGAUGGCUCACAUGAUUGACAGCUGGGGAAGGGCAGGAUUCUUGUCCAAUGGAACAUACUUUGAUGCGAAGUGCGCACCGGGGCAGUCAGCUAGCGAGGGCGCCACCACAGCCUGCCACAUAUGUCCUACGGAUGCUGCCACCAGAAAUCUUCGGAUGCUUCUCUCGGAACUUGACGACACCAUCGGAGAAGUGUAUGAUGGGAUCAAAGACGGAGUUGACAAGUUGGCUGAAGGCCCAGCCAAGGAUCAAUUGACAGUAUACCGCCUCCCACGUCUUGCAUUGGCUGAAACACAAAUCACACUCUCGGACAAGGACAAAUGCACUCCGUUCACACUCACGUACAACAUUCCUCAGCCGGGAGAGGGCGACACACCAGCUCAACCCUCGACUGACGGAGCAGACCAAGAUGAACGUGGAACCGAAGGUGAUGGUGAAACCAGGGAGGUGAUCAGCUAUGAGGAUUUCAGUACUCUUCGGGAGGAGCAGUUUUCACUACCCGCUGUCCCAUUUCUGCUGGGGAAUCAAGACGCUCAGCAGUCAUUAGACCAAUCCAGGAGGAUUACCAUUGAUGAAGCGAGCUUCGUGUCAGAUAGCCAGCUCACGGUUGAAGGGAGAUUCUGUGAGAUGGAUUCGCGCGUCCUGCAGCUAUGCCUCACGCUCGACGGACGCACGCGCAUACGCACGGACGACGCACCAGAGGGCAAGUGUCACAAUCUCACCGUGUACGCUGCGGCACCCGCGGUUUCAGGUGCUCGGUUGAGCGAUAGAGCCGAUGCCAUUAUCGUCUUCUUUGACAAGGACGUGAACGUCGCGAACCUUAAGAAAUGUUCGGCAAUCUUCGACGAGACUUCAGUGGCGAAGUUCGGCGACGAAGCAGAAUGCCAGUGGCGCAAGGGCAGGGAAUUGGUUGUGCGCUUGGGCAAGGGAGCCACAAUUAAUCCACAGUCAGAGAGCAGAAUCGCACUCCGACCAGAUCACAUCCGGGCCUUCCGGCAGCUCUUUUCUCAUACCGCGUCCGGCAUGGUCGAAGUGCUCCUUCCGAACAAUCCCGUCACACCAACGGCUCUUAUUGACGGCGAGCCGAAAGUUCCCGAAUGCGGAGACAUCAGGCUCUCGGCUCUGAGGUCAAAGGGCGGCGGAUCACGUGGUCUAACAUACACGUGGUCCAUUCAGAGACCGACAGAGGAUGUGGAUGAGAGGAUCACGAAUAUACUGGCGAGAACAAACGGUGACAAUAAAGCAGAGUUAGUCGUCGGCGCCAGUCUCUUGUCUGAUGAUACUCCGUACGUGAUGCGAUUAACUGUUAGUAACAUACUGGGACUGGAGAAUUCGACGACUUUCACCGUGCGGAAAGCGAAUGAACAGGAGCCUAAGUUUAAGAUUGGAACCAUAGGAAUCCCCGCAGACAAAGUGGUCAACGUAAACAAGCCGUGA